AGGGACGGACACAGGGACCGGGGCAGGGCUGGAGGUGGGGGGUCAGAACUACUGCCAUGGGGAAGUCGGAUUUCCUCAGUCCCAAGGCCAUCGCCAACCGCAUCAAGUCCAAGGGACUGCAGAAGCUGCGCUGGUACUGCCAGAUGUGCCAGAAGCAGUGCCGCGAUGAGAAUGGCUUCAAAUGUCAUUGCAUGUCUGAGUCCCACCAGAGGCAACUGUUGCUGGCUUCUGAAAACCCUCAGCAGUUCAUGGAUUAUUUUUCUGAGGAAUUCCGAAAUGAUUUCCUUGAACUGCUCAGGAGGAGAUUUGGAACCAAAAGAGUGCACAAUAAUAUCGUGUACAAUGAGUAUAUCAGUCAUCGUGAACACAUCCACAUGAAUGCUACACAGUGGGAGACAUUGACUGAUUUCACUAAAUGGCUGGGGAGAGAAGGUCUUUGCAAGGUUGAUGAAACUCCAAAGGGCUGGUACAUUCAGUAUAUUGACAGAGACCCAGAAACUAUCCGAAGGCAGCAAGAACAAGAGAGGAAGAAGAAGCAAGAUCUUGAUGAUGAAGAAAAAACUGCUAAAUUCAUUGAACAGCAAGUUAGAAGAGGUUUGGAGGGGAAAGAACUGGAACAGCCAGUCUAUACUGAACUGAACAGAGAAAAUGAAGAGGAAAAAGUUGCAUUUAAUUUAAACAAAGGAGCAAGUACUUCAAUAUCAGCAUCUUCCAAAACAAGCAGUGCCCUUGGACCAAAUGCACUGAAGAUGGUGGAAGGGGCAGUUAAAAGAAAAGAAUCAUCUCACAGCUCUGGUCAGUCCAAAGAGAAAAAGAAGAAAUCUGCACUGGAUGAAAUUAUGGAGCUUGAAGAGGAGAAGAAGAGAACAUCUCGAAGAGAUUACUGGUUGCAGCCUGAAAUCGUUGUAAAAAUUGUAACAAAAAAGCUUGGAGAGAAGUACCACAAAAAGAAAGGAGUUGUUAAGGAAGUGAUUGACAAAUACACAGCGGUGGUGAAGAUGAUUGACUCUGGAGACAAACUGAAGCUUGAUCAGACACACCUGGAAACUGUAAUACCCGCUCCAGGCAAGAAAGUGAUGGUAUUAAAUGGUGGUUACAGAGGAAAUGAAGGCAUCUUGGAAUCUAUCAAUGAGAAGAAGUUUUCAGCAACCAUAACCAUCGACUCUGGGCCUUUAAAAGGACGCCGAGUUGAAGAUAUCCAGUAUGAAGACAUUUCCAAACUUGCCUAAGGCACUGAUUGUGGAUCAGAGAAGAUUUUGGUUACCAAAACACCUUGCUGGCAUCUUGCAAGCAGACACACGACUCUACCAUGUCAGAGUUUUAAUUGUGUGUGUGUGUGUGUAUGUGUAUUUAUAAUGUAUAUAGAGAUUAACCACAGGCAAACUAAGUUUAUUUAAAAAUCACUGUGGAUUUGUUACAUAAAAUGUCUGUGGAAAUUUUAUUCAUGGAGAUACUUCAUCUGAUUAUGUAUCAAAGUCAUGUUAUAAUAUUUGGUUCAGCUGCCUUUAGUGAAACACAGAGGAUAGCUGCAAACGAGCAUUUUACUUACUGAAGUAAGUCCCUAAGAGAGAGAAUUACCUACAAAGAGCUGCUUCAGGCAGGCAGUCUGUGCUGGAGCCAGUGGAGUCUAAACAACAUACUUCUCAAUCUGCAGCCAAAUUUGAGUUCUGGCUGCAAGAACAAGGGAAUGGAUUAAGAGAAUAGCAGGGAGGUAACUGUGCUGCAAGGGUUUAUCCUCUGGGAUGCUGUGGGGUUGGUCUCAUUUGUAAGUGCUGUCACCAACUUGGUUUUGGUUAGCACACUGGCAAUAGCAGAAUGCAGGUCAUCAUUCCUCAGCACCAUCUUAUUUGUCAGGGUUCAUUAUAGUACUAAUAUACAAUUUGUAUUCACAAAUACAAGACUCCAGGACUUGAGGUGUUUUUAGGGUGUCAGCCAUGGCAUGUGCAGGUACAAGUUGGCUGUUUUGCUUUUCCAGAGCCUGUUCCUUUUUUGCUCUGUCACACAAGUAACAUUGCUCACAUGCAGUCAUGUAGCAUUGCUCUUCUGUGUUCUAAAGUGUCAUAUUUUGUACAGUGUUUAAUUUUACAGCAGUUUAGCAAUAAACCUGAAGCUUUCUUA